AUGGCCGCGAGCACGCUGCAAACUAAGACCAUCAGCUCUGAGAAAUUCGUUGAAAGCUGCGGCGCGAUAUUAUUCGACUUGACCAACCCCUCUGACAUCAAAGUCUGCGUAAUCCAGCACAAAAGCACCGGAGAAUGGCAUUUCGCUAAAGGACGCCGGAACCAAGGAGAAGCCCGCAAGGAUGCCGCAAUCCGUGAAGUGAUGGAGGAAACUGGGUUUCGCUGCCAACUACUACCACUUACCAUGCCGACCAGAGCAACACCUGUGGAGGCCCGUCCAGAUGUCCCUGAUAAGGCGCACGUGUGCGAGAACCUUGUAGAGCCCUUCAUGUGCCAGAUUCGAACACUUAAGGCUGGGAAGGGCACGAAGAUUAUAUGGUGGUUUAUUGCAGCCCUGGAAGGGGAUGCGGGCAGGGACAAACUACCAGGAGAAGACACAUGGCUGCCUGCAUUCAAGUCAUGGCACAGUGCAAUGAACGCUUUGACAUUCCAGAACGAUCGCGAGGUGUUGCAAAAAGCCUUGUCAUUGCUUCAGAUGACA